GUCGACUGAAUCGUUUAUUUUCCUGUUUCUUAGUUUUCGAAAAGACCAAAAAUUAGUGUGCGAACGAGCCACCAGUUUUUCAUAUCAGACGAAGAAUAUUCGACGCUUCGAUUAUUCGUGCCUCGCGACAGGUAAAGCGAGCACAUUCUACCGAGCCCACAGUACCGAAGAACGUGCAUUUUUACGUAUUGGAGCAUCGUUAUAAGAGUCGCUUGAAUCAUCGACAGUCGAAUUACUCUCUCAACGGAGGACGGUGCAACGACAGAAUGUCGAACUUCCCAAAUGUUAUUUGUGCUACAAUUUGUCUCGCUAUGAUGAUUGCUGAAUGUUCGGCGAAUAGAACGUCGGCCGAAGACCAUGUCGACGGUGUAAAAACGAACAUUAUCAACCGAGCGAAUACCCUUCGAGCAUUAAUGUCACAAGCAGAAACAGUAUUGGAAGACGAUGAAAAUUCUAAUCUCGUUGAAAAUUGCAGCCGAAGAAUGGUGGAAGAAUUAAACUCGUUCGACAGCCGCGUCGACGCUAUCGUCACCAGAGAGAAUUCCACGAGCAACGCAAACCAGUGCAGAACGUAUAUGGAUCUUUUUAUAAAGAACGAAAAUAAAAAACUUGACAAUUUGCCAUACGAAAUCGAGGAAGAGCUGAUGACGGUGACUGACUCGUACGAAGAAAUGAAGGAAUCUGCCGAUGAAGCAUUAUCAAACAUUGAAAAUCUGGAAAUUCAGGCACAUGAGUGUGAAGAAAACUGCUCCGGCAUCAUAAAAUCUGCAGAUGACGUCUGGUCCAAUCUCGACAGACUGACCAGGCCCCUCACCGGCGAAGAUCUGUCCAGCGAAGUGAAAUUACUUCUGGAUGAAGAAUACGCUUAUUUCAAGAACAGGAUAAGGAAUGCCGACUCUGACAUCCGAACUUGCCUGCAUAAUGGUUCUAUUUAUUACGCUGAACUCCUCCUCCCGGAGUCGGAUUUGGUCGAUUCUAUUUUUUGUGACUUCAUUAAGCCGUUACCCGAGACCACCGAGACGGCAGCUACUUAAAGUCAUUCAGAAAUUUGUCUCAAAGCAAAAACGAAAACGAUAUUUCGGUUAAAUAUUUUUAUCUGUUGGGAGUUAUGAAGGAAAAUUUUACGUUCAGUGAACCACAUUUCGAAUACCGAUGCAAAGUAUUUUCACAGUGGAACGAAACUUUGGUGAAAAAAUGGAAAAUUUUGUUGCGUCAACGAAAAAUUUUACUUUUCAAAUAUUCCCACAUUCCCAAAGGUCGAAAAACAAAACCCGAAUAUUUUCGCUAUUCGUCGAGUAACGAAGGUCUGAACUGGGACGACCAAACUAAAAAUAAAUGAACGAAAUACACGCGAUUGCAAAAUAUCGUCCAAAACGUU